GGUAUACCACAAGCAUGUCAGCACUUCGGAUCGACUCAACUCAGCCUGAGAAGAAAUCCAAGUCGAAACGAUCACGGGAUGAGUCUGAUUCCAAUAACGAUGAGAACAAGAAAAGAGGAAGGCCUCGAUUAGACACACAAGACGAGUCGACUGCUGAUGUAAAACGAAGAUCCCAGAUCCGUCUGGCUCAAAGAGCCUAUCGACAGAGAAAGGAGGACACUAUCAAUGAGCUCCGUAAACAAGUCCAAGAACUACAAUCUACCAUCGAGUCGAUGAACCAGACUUUCAGCAACUUUUCCCAAAAGUGUUCUGCCGCCAAUGUUCCACCCACUAUGCUAGCUGAUCUUCAGAACAUUGGCCAGAUGUACUCUGGUCACAGCCGAGCUGACUCGCUGAGUUUGAAGGGAUCUCCAGAGAUGAGUCCUUUCACAACCGAACCCAUCGCAACUACGAGCAUCAAAGAGAAGGACAUGCCUCUGACGACGGACGCAAGCGACAUCUCGCCCCGUACCAAGGACAAGCAGACUAUCUGGAGUCCACUCACUGCUUCUGUCGACGCAACAAACGUUCCCCACAGCAUUGAUGACAAUACUGUCUCCACGUCUAUGCUACGGUCCCUAGGUAUCCCGACGUCUUACAGUUCAUUCGAGAGAACAUUCGCUAGACGGCUUCACCGGGCGAGUUGCGAGUAUGCCUAUCGACUUGCUUGCGAUCCCACCCGAGUUCCCGUUCUGUUCAACAACGUUUUCAAGUUGACGCUCAAGGCUGCUGGCACCGUUGAUCGAGUCAAGUACAGUCUGCAAUCAACUUUGAGUCGAAGCACGAGAGAACCACUCUCGAACUGGGGUGUUACAUAUAUUCAUGUCGGUGGUGCCGGUACCCAUUACCCUAGACCGCCCGAAGAGGGAGGUCUUAGUUAUCAAUCUCCAACCUCUUGGGCUGUGACCACAGUGGGGCCCCAUAAGAUCGGUGGAUCUACCAUCGAAGAGGCGCUAACGGCAGAGAUGUUACUGCGCGGAGUCAUGGGCAUGGGUUACCUUGCGGAGAAAGGCAUUCAUUUAGAUCCCAGCGCGACCUAUGCGGAGAUUGAGCUGCCAGAAGAAGAGUCUAUCAGCCCACAAUCAUCCGCAGGCUCUCCCCUUAUGGAUCCGAUGACAGCGUUCGUGCAGAACUUGGCCACCUCGGAACCUGUCGCUCGUCCGAGCCAGUCUGCAUAUUACCCUGGUCUUCCAAGCGUAGGGUACAUGCCUCCAGAUGUAGACAACCUAGCCCCUCGGAGGUCUUACCCUGAGAUGCAGACGAACUUUGGGCACCAGAUUGACGCGCGAAGGCCGACAAUUCCUCUUGCUGGUCAACAUUAUGAAACCAUGCCGUUGACAGGAAACAUCUACACCUAUGCCUUCCAGCCAGUGCGGAAGUCUCGCUUCACGAUUGAUAUUGGGAAGUUUGUUGAGCGCACCUGCUUGAUGCGAGCACCAGGAUAUCGACGCAAGGAUAUUGACAUCGCCCUGCGACGAGCAGUAGUGUCAGCGCAC